UCUAUCCUUCACACACCUAGAGCAAAAACAUCAAAGCCAAGCAAGCAAUAAUCAACACAAAAUCUAUCAUGAAGAUCUUCCUCAUCCUUGCCCUCCUUGGCGUGGUGGCGACCAUGGCCAAUGCCAAUGUACAGCUUGAUCCUAGAGGCCAAGAUCAGCCAUUUCCGCAACCACAACAACCAUUCCCACAACCACAACAACCGUUUCCACAACCUCAACAACCGUUUCCGCAACCUCAACAACCGUUCCCGCAACCCCAACAAUGGUUCCCGCAACCAGAACAAUCAUUUGCGCAACCAGAACAACCAUUUCCACAACCCCAACAACCGUUCCCGCAACCCCAACAACCGUUCCCACAGCCAGAACAACCAUUUCCGCAACAAGAACAAUUGUUUCCGCACGGACAACAAUAUCCCAAGCAGCAACAACCAUGGCUGCAGCAACAACUCCAGCUAAUUCUGCAACAACAAUUGAACCAGUGCCAAGAGUUCCUCGUGCAGCAGUGCAAACCAUUGGCGAUAGUUCCGUUCCUCCGGUCGUGGAUCUUGCAACAGAGCAGCUGCCAGGUGAUGCGACAACAAUGUUGCCAGCAGCUGGCGCAGAUGCCCAAGAACCUUCGGUACCCAGCCAUACAUAGCAUCGUGCAUGCCAUCAUCGUGCAGCAGCAGCAACAACAACAACCCUUCCAGCCUCAGCCACAACAAGUGGGCCAGGGUUUCAUCCCACCUCAGCAGCUAGCUCAGUUCCAGGCGAUGAGGACGUAUGCGUUGCAAACCUUGCCGGCGAUGUGCAAUGUGCAGGUCCCGCUGUACUAUUCCACCGCCCCAUUCGACAUCAUCGGUGGCUUUUGAGAAGACUACAAGAGCUCUAGUACUACAUAGUUGGAUCAUCGUUAUUUCGUCAAUGAACCAAUCGAUGUAACGGUGACAAAUAAAGUGGCAUGCACUAAAAUGUGUGACACCCGGCCACUACUAGUCCAAACUUGGGAAUAAAAGACAAACAUUGUUCUUGUCUGCAUAA